AUGGACGCCUUGGAUGCACUUCCAGACGGCAACAUUGACGACGUCAUUGCUGUUGUUGGCAUGUCGUGUCGGUUUCCUGGCGAUGCCGACAAUGUCGAGAAUUUCUGGGAGAUGAUCCGAGAAGGCAAAGAUGCGUGGUCCGAGAUUCCGAGCGACCGGUUCAAUGCCAAAGGCUGGUACCAUCCCGAUCCCAACCGGCCAGGCAGUUUCCAUAUCCGCGGCGCUCAUUUCAUCAAAGGCGACAUAGCAGCCUUUGAUGCGCCUUUUUUCUCGAUAUCUACAGCCGAAGCUGUGUCCAUGGAUCCCCAGCAAAGAAUGCUACUGGAAGUUGUUUAUGAAGCUCUUGACAGCGCUGGAAUUCCUGUGGCUUCGUUGUCCAACACAGCCACAAGCGUCUUUUGCGGCUCUUUUGUACGAGAUUACGAGCAACCAUGCAUGCGCGAUCCUGACACAACACCACCGUAUUCUGCAACAGGGAAUGGCAUUGCCAUUUUGGCCAACCGAAUCUCGCACGCUUUUGAUUUUGCCGGUACAAGCCAAACCAUUGACACCGGCUGCUCUGCAAGCAUGAUUGCAGUGCACCAAGCGUGCAAAAGCUUACUAUCGGGCGAGUCUAGUGUGUGCAUUGCUGCUGGUGUUGGGCUUAUCUUCUCGCCAAACACUCUUGUGCCAAUGGCAAAUCUCAACAUCCUUGGCUCUGACGGACGUUGUUAUACCUUUGACAAACGAGCCAACGGCUAUGGGCGGGGAGAAGGAACAGGUGUUCUUAUCCUGAAGCGCCUCCAAGAUGCCAUUGCCGCAAACGAUACAAUCCGGGCAGUGAUACGUGCAACCGCCAGCAAUCAAGAUGGCCACACACAAGGUAUUACUCUCCCGAGUCAAGCCCGCCAAGUUCAGAAUAUGAGCGACAUCUACCGCACUUCUGGGCUUGAUAUCACCCGGACAGCGUACAUGGAGUGCCACGGAACCGGCACCCAGGUCGGCGAUGUAAAAGAGACACAGGCGGCGACUGAGUUGUUCUGCAAGCACCGCACUUUAGAGAAUCCGCUUUAUAUUGGCUCUGUCAAGACAAACAUUGGCCACCUUGAAGGAAGUGCGGGUGUCGCUGGCCUGAUCAAAGGUAUCCUUGUCGUCGAGCGCGGGUUCAUCCCCAAGCAUCUCAAUUUCGAUUCUCCCAAUCCAAACAUUGACUUUGAUCGGAUGAAAUUGAAGGUUGCUAUGGGCCUUACUCCGUGGCCGGUUCCUGGUCUUCGUCGUGCCAGCGUCAACUCGUUUGGUUUUGGUGGAACGAAUGCUCACGUUGUCCUUGAUGACGCGCAUCACUUUCUCUCUGAGCGCAGGAUUACCGGUGGACAUCAUAAUACAUUUCUCUUUCCCGGAGAUGAGAUGGAGAGCCAACUUACCAAAACGGAUGAGCAAUGUCGCCGUCGACACCUUUUUGUCUUUUCCGGUCACGACGAGGCAGGGCUCACCCGAGUAAUCGAAUCUCAGGCCAAGUAUGUUGCCAAAAACACCUCCGCCGAUGGGUUUGCUGCCAACUAUGCCUAUACCCUCCUAUCGCGCCGGUCCCGUCUGAGCUGGCGCACUUUUAUUGUUGCUUCGACCGCCACAGAGCUGUACCAAAAGCUUGAGACCAAAUGCUUGCCAAAGCCAAUACAAGCUGCGCGUUGCACACCAAAAGAACUCGCUUUCGUCUUCUGUGGACAGGGGGCACAGUGGUAUGCCAUGGGACGGGAGCUUCUCCAGUACCAGGCGUUCUACUCGAGCAUUUCCACGGCCAGUUGGUACAUGAGCGAUGUCCUUGAAAGCCCCUUUUGCCUUUGGGUUGAACUUCAUCGCAGCAAAGAACUCUCUCAAAUUUCAGAUCCACAAAUUUCUCAGCCAGCCACCACAGCCAUCCAGAUAGCCCUUGUUGACCUUCUUCUCUCUGCUGGCAUUGUGCCAACAUCUGUCAUUGGACAUUCUUCGGGAGAAAUUGCAGCUGCGUACGCCGCUGGCGCCAUCAGCCGCGAAGAUGCUUGGAAAAUAGCGUACUUCCGCGGUCAGAGUGUCUGCCAAAUUUCAAAAUUGAAGCCUCAACUGCAAGGAGGGAUGCUUGCGGUGGCACUUUCGGAAGAAGAUGCCCGUCGCGGCUUUGCUGAAGCAAACGUCAAUUCCAUCGACGUCGCUUGCAUAAACGGCCCAACAUCAGUUACGCUUUCCGGAGACAUUGAUGAAAUCUCACAUCUCUACGACUUUUUCCGAGGUCGAGGAUGUCGAGCCGCAAAAGUCAACGUGACCACAGCCUACCACUCUCGUCACAUGCAAGUCAUUGAAGAUAUAUAUCGCAGCUCUUUGAAGGACCUAGGGCAUCCCCUGUCAUCUUCCCGCUCGACAGCCUUCUUCUCGUCUGUUUUUGGAAGACAGAUCCCACCCUCGGAAUUGGACACCGAAUAUUGGGUGAGAAACCUGACACAACCAGUGCAGUUCUACCAAGCAGUUUCAGCAUUGAUGGCAACAGCAAGUCCCCACAGUUUUCUCGAAGUGAGCCCACAUCGUGUGUGGGAGUCCACACUACAUCAGAUCCAUAAUAGCUUACAGGGCACAGGUUCGGCAGCUGCCUCCGUCCAGUUUAGCUAUGCGUCUCUUCUUCAUAGCAGCCGAGAUGCGUUUUUGACAGUACUGGAAGCACUGGGACACCUUUGGGUACAAGGGUUUUCUUUUGACACCAACUGGCCUCUCACAAGUAGAAGAACGGAAGGCAAACCUCGCCAUUUGGUUGACGUCCCUUCUUACCCAUGGGAUCAUUCCAAAAAGUACUGGCAUGAGUCACAUCUGUCCAAGGCAAACCGCUUCCGAAGUCAUGGCCGUGAGGAUAUCAUUGGGGCACCACUGGAGAACUCUACACCACAAGACCCUCGCUGGCGAGGCUUCUUCCGCGUGCAAGAAAACCCCUGGCUUAAGGAUCAUGUCAUUCAGAGAUCCAUCAUCUACCCGGCUGGUGGAAUGAUUGCGAUGGCGAUUGAAGCCGCGAAGCAGGUCGCAGACCACAGUCGGGCGAUCUUGGGCUAUGAAGUGACCGGCUUCAAAAUUGCAAAGCCAAUGCUCAUUCCAAUGUCAACACAAGGACUCGAGCACAUGCUGAGUGCACAUCUUCUCGACGAGGACGAAAAACCCAUCCAUGGGCCUGUUGUCGCUUACGCGUUCUCGAUAUUGUCUAAACCUACGGAUGGACCCUGGACAACACAUUGCAAAGGUCGAUUCUCUGUUGUGUAUUGCAACAAAGGUGUGUUUCCUGCAACAGAGAUGGAGCAAAGGGUUGGAACAGCCGCCCACCGCCAGGCUUACAGAUAUGUCCAAAAGUAUUGCCAUACGCCCCUUAACCCACGGCAAUUCUACGAAACUCUCGAUGUCAUCGGCAUGACGUAUGGGCCACAGUUCCGCAAUCUUGUCGAAAUCAAUAAAGGCGAUGCGUCGGUUCAUGCGGUCAUUCAGAUUCCCGAUACGAAAUCCAUGAUGCCCUACCAAUACGAGUUCGACCACGUCAUUCAUCCCUCAACCCUGGACACCAUGCUGCAAACGGUCAUCCCUUUGGGCGACUGUAGAGGUGCCAUGCUUCCCUGCUCCGCCGGGCGGAUCUUUGUCUCGGAAGCGCUGCCAAAAGGUGCAGGCUCGCGCUUUCGAGGCUUUACCACGGCUCGCACACCGCCAUCAGGAGGCGCAAUUGCAGAUAUCACCAUGUUUGACGAGGGACUUCACGCACCAGCAGUUAUUCUCGAAGAUCUGUUGUUCAAAUCCGUUGCCCCUGAGACCGCGCCAGGCAAUGGCGGGUUUCUACCUUCACACCGAAACUUAUGUUCCGAGAUCGUCUGGAAACAGGAUGCUAGCAACAUCGCAGCACUAGGAUUCGACCUUCCUAUAAGCAUCCAAGAAGUCAUCGAUCUUACCUCUCAUCAAAAUCCUUCGCAGUCUAUUCUUUACCAUGCGCUACACGGCCCGAACUCGGUUUACGGUGGCAUGAAUUUUCCCAAUGGCGACAUCCGCCACCUAGGCGCUGUCGCCGAUGCUGUGAACAUUACGAGAUUCUUUCUUGGCAGCCUCGCAGCAGGAUACGAAACUCCGCGAUUCUCUCGCUGUAUCGUCUCUGGUGUUAACGCGAAGAAGACAUGGCAACAUAUAAGAAUGCUGAAAGAAAUGGGCCCCGGGCUCGAACGCAUACAUUGUGCAGAGGCCGAAUCUGAGAAUGACACGCACGGCCUCGUCGUUUGUUCGAUAGAUAACCAGACAUCUGUCAACAGCCUGACUAGAAUUCUGCAACGUGUUGAUGAAAAUGGCUGGCUCGUCGUUUUGUCCAAUUUAGGAUGUGCCAUCGAAGAUGCGGAAUACGGCGCACUCAGACUCGCAAUACAGUCCGCUGGGUUUCAAGUCAGCAGUUCACUAGCAAAGGAACGUUCGUUUCUGACGGCCCAAAAACUACCUCGUCGAGAAAAACUUCAUAUGACGCCGACAGAAAAGCGCGACAAAAUGAUUGUCCUUCUUCCAGAUAGCAUGUCUGCAUUUGUCACCGAAUUGAAAAGCAUCCUGAGCUCGAUCCUAGAACAACGACUGGCGUUUGAGGUCCACGAAGCCAAUAUCCAUUCACUCCCGAUUUUAGAAGUUCCCUAUAGCUUCGUCUUGUCUCUUGUUGAAGUCGACACACCCCUUAUCACCUCCAUGGGGCCACGACUCUUCAAGGUUUUGCACAGCGUUCUUACCCAGUCUUGUGGCAUUUUCUGGCUCUCGCAAGGCGGCCAGAUCGACUGCAAAAACCCAAACCGCUCGCCAAUUUCGGGGCUGGCUCGCACUUUGCGGUCUGAGCAAUGUAAGAGAAAGAUUGUGACUCUUGAUAUAGGCUCUGACCUUUACAGUCUUAGUGGCGUGCAUGGGGUUUCUGGCGCCCAAGAAACCCUUGUCAACAGCAUCGUCCAUAUUAUCGAGAACAUUUUGAAAAUUCCUGCCGGCAAAGCCCUCUCAAGAUCGUCUUAUGAAGAUGUCGAGUUUGCAUACUCUAACGGUAAAUUGCUCAUUCCCCGACUCGUGCCCCUCGAGGUGCUGAAUUCCACAAUUGAGAAAUCUCCCCUGGUCAAGCAAACAAUGCUUCUGGCGAAGGGCAGGGCAAUGAAGCUCGACUUGUGCACACUGCAAGCAGCUGAUGGACCGCGAUUUGUCGAGGACGUCGGGGUCUUACAUGGCACACUUCUUGCCAACGAGGUCCGGAUCGCCGUUAUAGGCACAAACCUUCUACCGGAAGACGUCAUUCAAGCCACUCGAGGCACGUUUCCACAAAUGGUAGGGACAGAUGUUUUCGGCCGUGUUGUUGAAGCGGGAACAGGGGUGUCUGGUUUCCAAAAGGAAAGCUAUGUGGUUGCAAGAACGCGCGGCACGCUCAAAACCCACAUCAUUGUCGAUUCCAGCACGGUACGCCACAUUGAGAAUCCCGGAGAUUGGCGAGGAAGCUGUCCUACUGCGUUUUCGACGGCAAUGUAUGCCCUGAACACCGGCCGCAGAAUCAUGAGAGGCGAUUUUGUACUUGUCUACGGUGUUUCAUCGGCAUACAGUCAAGCCGCAAUCCGUAUUGCCUUGGCACUUGGGGGGAACGUGCUCGUGGGAUGCUUGACGGAAGAGGAGAAGUUCAUGGCAGAGAAGUACUUCAACAUCCCCUCAGGUCAUAUCUUGAAGGUUGAGGGCACAGGUAACACGUUUGAGACACGUGUUCUGGCCAUUACACACCGCUUUGGAGUGGAUGUUGUUUUUGAUCCGACAUCUUGCCAUGUUACACAGGCCUUUGCCUGUGUGGCAGAAUGCGGUCGCGUGAUUCGGGUUGCACAGAAAGGAUGUGGCAUUCCCAGCCCACCUCUGGCUGAUAAUAAUGUCAGUUUCGAAACGGUCGACAUCGACCUCCUUGAAUCGCGGCGGCCAGAUGAGUCACGGCGGCUUGCUGCCGACGUUGACAAGAUGCUUCAGCUGGCCCCAGGACUGGACUCGUUGUGCGGUGUCAUUGAACACAACAUGUGCGACCUCCAAGCAGUACUAAGCGAGGCAUCCGCCAACCCCUUUUUCGGAUCCCGGCUACUAUUUACAGAGGCCGACGCAGGUGCAAACUUGGUCAACACGCAUGUGCAAUCAUUCUUCAGGGCGGAGUUGUCUUCUUCUGCGACAUACUUAUUAGUUGGUGGGCUCGGCGGACUUGGCAGAAGCAUAGCAGAGCAUCUCGUGAGAUGUGGUGCGAAGCACAUUGCUUUCUUUUCGAGAUCUGGAGCGAAUUCUGAGGUGGCUCAAGCAUUUCUCUCCAAAUUGCAUGCCGCCGGCAUCUACGCCCGGGCGUUUACGGCUGACAUUUGCAACGGCGAGCAGUUGGCCGUGGCCAUCAAAAAAGUCCAGGCCGCCAUGCCGUCCAUCCGUGGCGCCAUCCAGUGCGCAGGCGUUGUUGACGAUGCCGCUUUCGCUAGCAUGGACUACGACCGCUGGCAAAGGGCCUUUGAGCCAAAGGUGGUCGGAUCGAACAACCUCCAUGAACUACUGCCAAAAGACAUGGACUUUCUCAUUUUCCUGUCCAGCUCGUCCGGCAUCAUUGGAAAUCGCGGCCAGGCCAAUUACUCUGCGGGAAAUUGCUUCCAAGAUGCACUGGCCCGGCACCGUAGUGCACUGGGCAUGCACAGCGUGUCCAUUGAUCUCGGCCUCGUGCUUGGUGCUGGCAUGGUUGCUGAAAACGAAAGCCUGCUCGACGCCAUGAAGGCCACCGGCUUCAUUGGCAUACGUAUUCAAGACGCGCUGUCCAUCCUCGACCGGGCCAUGGCCCCGCCCGGGUCCGAAGCUAGCCUCAGCGUUCCCGCACAGAUUGUAACAGCAGUCGGGACAGGCGGACUGACGAUCCAAAAGCAGCCGGCGGACCCGUUUUGGACGCGAGCAGCACUGUUCCGAUACCUCAACCAAGUCGAUGCGCCGCCCCACGGACUCAACUCCGCAGCCCGCAAGGCAGCAGGACAAAAUCUACGUUCCGCCGUUCGAACGGCGUCAACGGCAGAAGAAGCUGCACAAGCUGUGUGUGCGGCUCUCAUUGCCACAGUGGCCCGGCGGAAGGGCAUGGUUCAGGACGACUUUGAUCCGCAGCAGUCGCUGGGCAACUACGGCAUUGACUCCCUCGACUCAAUCUUCGUACUGGGAUGGAUUUCUCGGGAGACGGGUGCCACCGUGCAGACAGUCGAGGGCGUGACAAUUGCCGAGCUAAGCCAAGACAUUGCUCAACGAAUGCUUGCGGUCGAGGAAGAGGGUCAGUAA